AUGAGGCUAAAAAAAAAGUUAUAUGUUUGUUUAAUAUUUGUAAUAAUUGUACUGUUUUUUCAAUAUACAAUAGAAAAUAAAAAAAAUAAAAAUAAAAAUUUUAAUAAAAACAAAAAUGUAAAUAAAAAUAAAAAUCAUAAUCAAUCUAUAAUAAAUAAUAAAAAUAAUAAUAUUUUUAAUAAUAAUAAUAAUAAUGACAACAAUAAAUCUCAAUCUUUAAAUAAAUUUGUCGUAAAAGAUAUUGAAAAAAAUAAUAAUAAUAAAUUAAAUGGAAGAAUUAAUAAUAGUUUAUUAAAUAAUAAUAAUAAUAAAAAUAAAAACCGAUCCUAUAAAAGAAGGGAUACAUAUACAAGUGAAGAUGAUUUUGAUUCAUGGAUUAAAAAUAAUAAUAAUAAAGAUGAAGGUGGAAAUAUUAAUGAUAAUGAAUUUUAUAAAAUAAUAUAUAAAGAAUACCAAUUUGAAAAAGAAUUAAUUUUAAAUAAAACAAAUCGUAAAAUAGAAUUUGCAUCAUCACCAUCAAUUCAAAAAAUUAUUAAUAAUAAAAAUAAUAAUUAUGAUUAUGAUUUUGAAUGGAAAAAUAAUAAAACUUUAAAUCCAUUAUUAUUAUCAAAACCAUUUAUUUUCAUUCAUAUACCUAAAACUGGAGGAACAUCACUUGAAAAUACUUUUGAAAUUAAUUUACCAAAGAAAUCUCAAUUAUUUAAAAAACAUGCAUCACCAACAAUUAAACAAGCUGAAGAAUGUGCUUCAAAAAAUAUUGAUGCAAUGUUUGGUCAUUUUGUGUUUGGUUUACAUUACUAUUUUCAAAAUAAUAAAAAUUAUACAAUAAAUAAUAAUAAUAAUAAUAAUAAUAAUAAUGGUAUUAAUUUUGAUAUAAAUAAUUUCAAUAAUGAUGAUUAUCUUUAUCACCAAAAUCCAUAUAGUUAUAUGACAAUGAUGAGAAAUCCAAUUGAUAGAGUUGUUUCACAUUAUUAUUUCUUAAAGAAUAGUCCUGACCAUCCAUUGUAUGGUGAGGUUGCUUCGAUUUCAUUACAAGAUUGGAUUGAAUUUUCACAAUUGGCAAGAAAUGAACAAUGUAGAAGAAUUGUUGGAAUUUCAAGAUCAACUAAACAAUUACCAUUUGAUUUUAAAGAACAAUGUAUAUUUAGAUUAAAAUAUACUUUUAAAUUUAUUGGUUUAACUGAAAGAUUUGAUGAAUCAUUAUUAAUUUUAUCAUAUAAAACUGGUUUUAAUAAAUUAAGUUUUAUUUCAAAAAAUAUUGGUAAAAAUAGAAAUAUUUCAAAUAUUAAUAAUGUAUCAUCAUCAUCAUCAUCAAAUUUGUAUAACCUUGAAAAUUCAUUAUAUGAAAGAAUUAAAUCUUUAAAUUCAAUAGAUUUAGAAGUUUAUAAUAUUGCAAUUCAAUUAUUUGAAAAACAAAUUAAUUUAAUUGGUAAAAAUAAUUUUUAUAAUGAAUUAAAUUAUUUAAUUAAAAAAUUAAAAAAAUAA